AAUAUAAUUUAAAUAAUGAAGAUGUUUCUAAGCAAUCCAAAUAUAAGUACUGAAGAUUUACAAAUUCAAGUAUUAAUAACGACAAUAGUUCUAGGUGUUCUUGUACUUGUUUUAGCAGUAUUUGUGAUAUUGGCUUAUGUUAUGCUUUUUAAAAUACGAAAAGCCAUCAAUAAAUUGAAUACAGUUGAUCGAAUUAACGAUUUUCGAAUUGAACGAGUAAAAUCUCCAUACUGUUUUCACAAUCCUACCAUUCAACCACAUGAAGAAUUGUCUCGAAGGGGGUUUUAUAUGUAUGAUGGAACCGAUACAUCUACGCUUCAAAAUAAUACUCAGUUUUAGAUUUUAUCACAACAGUAGGAGUAAUACAGAAAAACCAAAACGAUUAACAUCAAAUAGUUUAAAUAAUAAUUUUCGAUUUUAAAGAUA